CACCAGCUGUUACGUUCCCCACGUGCUUCCUCUCCGGAUCCAAGCGAUACUUUACGAUGCCCAGAGAAAUCAUCAGCAUUCAGGCAGGCCAGUGCGGGAAUGCCGUGGGGUCUUCCUUUUGGCAAACACUCUGUAGGUAUCUUGCUAUCAAGCUUCCAUGAUAUCUGACAGCGAAUAGGUCAAGAGCACGGAAUCUCCCCUGACGGUAACCUCGAGGCUGUCGAAGAAGGAACCGAUCGAAAGGAUGUUUGUUCGCCAAUUAUCCUGAUAGCCUGCGGGCUCUGGCUGAUGGCUACUAGGUUUUCUUCUACCAAUCCGACGACACGCGAUACAUUCCACGCGCCAUCCUACUAGAUCUCGAACCUAGGGUAUGUGUUUAGCUCACGAAAGUUAAUGCUGGGAAACCGGCCUAAAGCUGACCGGGACUCAGGUCAUCCACGGAAUCCAAACGGGCCCGUACAAGAACAUUUACAAUCCGGAAAAUUUUCACGUUCCAAAACAUGGGAGUGGUGCAGGGAACAAUUGGGCAGCAGGUUUCUCCGCCGGCGAGACGGUCUACGAGGAAGUUAUGGAGAUGAUUGAACGUGAGGCAGACGGUAGUGAUUCUUUAGAGGUAUGUAUAUAUGAGGCCCUGGCCUAGGCCCCGGGGGUCCCAGACUGAUGGUAGGGAUAUAUAGGGAUUCAUGCUUUUACACUCCAUCGCCGGAGGUACAGGGUCCGGCCUUGGAUCGUUCCUUCUAGAAAGGCUCAACGAUAGGUUUCCGAAGAAGAUUAUACAGACUUAUUCGGUGUUCCCGGAUACGCAGAGCGUGGGAGACGUGGUCGUCCAGCCGUAUAACAGUAUUCUUGCCAUGCGGCGGCUUACUGAGAAUGCUGACUCCGUCGUAUGUUCCAAAAAUAAUAUUCCUGUGUUUGCACUAGUCGUACUGACUUUAUUCUUAGGUCGUCCUGGAUAAUGGCGCCUUGACGCGUAUUGCUGCGGAUAGAUUACAUGUUCAGCAGCCGUCUUUUGCGCAAACGAAUCAAUUGGUUUGUGCUUCUAUGGUCUGAAGAUACGUUUGCUGACUGUGCGGAGGUGUCUACUGUGAUGUCGGCUAGCACAACUACGCUCAGAUACCCGGGAUAUAUGCAUAACGAUCUUGUCGGAAUCAUCGCUUCACUAAUCCCAACACCCCGGUGUCAUUUCUUGAUGACUUCCUAUACUCCCUUUACAAGUGAUAUCGUAGACCAGGCGAAGACGGUCCGGAAAACUACGGUUCUCGAUGUUAUGCGCCGACUGCUACAGCCCAAAAACCGCAUGGUCAUGACAAAUACCACUAAGAGCAGUUGUUACAUUUCCAUUCUGAAUAUCAUUCAGGGAGAAGCCGAUCCGACGGAUGUAGGUUCCGCUAGUUCGCUCGUAAUCCUCAAGAUCUAACUCAUGUGUGAUGCAGGUACACAAAUCGCUUCUCAGAAUUCGUGAGCGUCGACUCGCAACCUUUAUUCCAUGGGGCCCUGCAAGUAUCCAGGUCGCUUUAACUAAGAAGUCACCUCAUAUGCCAAUGUCCCAUCGUGUUAGUGGGCUUAUGCUUGCAAAUCACACAAGUAUCGCAACCGUACGUGGAAGGCCUCCUUUUUGGUCUCGAGCCCCGACUGACGAUUAGCCCUUUUGUCCGUAGCUGUUUAAACGAAUCUUGGGUCAAUAUGACCGCCUCCGAAAGCGAAAUGCGUUCUUGGAACAGUACAAAAAGGAACCCAUAUUUGCCAAUGACCUCGGAGAGUUUGAUGAAGCAAGGUGAAUUCAAGUCUGCACAUUUAUAACAAAGUUUAACCUUCUAAUAACGAAUUAGAGCGACGGUGGCGGAUUUAAUAGCCGAGUACGAAGCUGCGGAGAGUGCAGAUUAUCUCAACCCCUCACCAGAGAAGGGUGCGGAGCAAUCAUGAGAGUGAAGGAAUCUUGUACGAUUACGGGACUUACGGGUGAUGUCUUUCUUAUGACGUGUUAUGACUUGGAUUUAAUGCGAAAUCUCACGCUGCCACUCCCAUGCCUUAUCUGCUGGCUACUGGAAAUGAGAUUCCGCGUCGUCCAAAGGCCAAGUGUACGGUACUAUACAACACCCGCAGUACUCUGUAAAUGUGAUUCUAUUCUCUGCUAGGGGAAUUCCAGCAUAACUGCCGAGGGGUCUUGGAGAUUAUACAUAGGGCUUAGACUAUAAUCAGAGACGAGGAAUCUGGGUCUUCUCUAAAGUGCAUCAGAUUGAGAGAUGGUGGGGGGGGGGGAGUAGUUAAGCGGGUUCUCGUUGCAAUCCCCCCUCCACUAUUGCCGCCCAAGGUGUUCUUUCAUCCUUAGACUUCUGAGCGGUUGGACUCGAAUGAAUUAUUUGCGUGGCCGACACGCCACUUU